AUGCAGUCCACAAGAGAAAGAUUAGCAGGGUACUCUGACUUCUUUGCUUCGGGUCUGCUUGCAAAGGCUCGUCGUGCCUAUGAACGGCAGCGCCGGCCGGCUUCCGCUAUAUUUCCCGAGUCUUCCAUUCUCCACGAACCUCAGCCAAAACACUUUCGUCGCCAUUCCAGCGUCUACAGAAAGACGGGCGUAUCUGACGCCGAUGCCGACUUUUUGGUGGAGGAGAAGCGACGGCGACGUUCAUCAGUUGUCGAGUUCUCAUCGCGUCUCUUCGACCGAAUAACGACGAACCCAUCCACCGGAGAGCGCCGGUCUAUGGAUCUCUCAGCAAAAAUACCUCGGAGAAAGUCCUUGCGCAAGCAGGCGCCGGUGGUACCAGAUGAUUCGGACGUGGUUUGGAUAACUGCCCCUGCUCCUAGUCCUCUAGAACCGACUCGCACACACAGUAGCGGCUCUUGCGAUUCAGAUGAAAUAUCCUUCCACUCCUUGGACCCGUUCACGGCUGUCCCCAAUGCCCGUUCAAUAUAUAUAGAGAUAUCCCCCCCAAAACGCGAAUCUUUCCUUUCCUUCUCAGGAUCUUCAAGGAGUGGCUCGGUCCAUAGCCUUGCAUUUCCUCGUCGAGAACGACCGACGUCGAUACAGACCAUACCUACACAGUCUCCGCGCUCUUCAUUCUACUCCAACCGUCGGAGCACCAAUGUGGAGUUUCCGUGGGUUUUGGAGGAAGAGGAAUCUUGGAUAGGUGAUGAUGAUGAACUACUGGAUGAAGAUGCCCCCGCCAGGAUUGACUGGCGACAGUUCCAUGUUGAAGUCUUGCAGGACGAGUGA